CUGCGAUUGUUUUUACGUAAGAGUUACAUGCCUGCUCAUUGUAAGUAACGUUCAACUAUGCAAAUAUCAUAGAGCGAACUAUGGGUAUCUUUGAAAACUUAAUAUAUACUUGGGUAAUGUUCGUGGUCUUUGUUUUUGAAAUAAGCGAAAAGGUGAAUGGAAGAAACCAUGGAUUAGUCCUCAAGCAAGAAGUUGUCUCAAUUUAUGAUGAAAACUUCACUGACAUUCCGAAGGACAGGGAGCCAUAUUAUGUUAAAGUUCAACGUUGUGUCAUGGAAAAAGAUAAAAUUCCUAGAUGUGGAGUUUGUUGGCCCCAACCUAUUACAUUGACAGAAGUCGAGAUUGUCGUUCCUGAUUUAAAAAACUACACAAAAUUUUAUAAAUAUAUUGUAUAUAAUCACACUUCUUGUUACUGGGAAAGGACCUUAACAGUUUUGAACUUUAAUCUACACAAGAAUCUACCUUCAAACGAAAUUAACGAAACAGAAUUUACAACAAAAGUAAAAUACAAUCCACCAAACGUGAGAACAUGUAAUGACUAUUGCAAGCAUCCACAACCUCGUUUUCAUCUGCACAGUGAAUAUACAAAGAUGGUUCAACCCUAUAUGAAGUUGUCAGGGAACACUUAUCGUGUAAUUUUUGGAAUACAAAAGUCUAUAAAAGUUCAUAAAAUCCACCUUCCAAUAGCAGACGCAGUGAUACAGAAAGUCGACCCCUCGUGCUAAAUAACGGAUUAUUUGUCUACAUCACAUCACCCAGAGGCAAUGAAGAUUGUCAAAACAGAAAUCCUAGAUGGUUCAACCCAGUUUGAAGUCAUUGAAGAACAUAUAUCUUGCAAUCUCUGGAGCACAACACAACAGUCCCAUUAAUUCAGCAUUUUGGAAGUGGGGAAGAAAGUAUACGAAUUUGUGCAGUGAACAUCAAGAUCAAGUAAUUUAGUUGGUGCUAUUGUUUAAUGCAGGAUGGAAAUAAUAGAAAUUCACAAGAAUUUUAUAAGUAUAAAAAAUAAAUCAAUGUUUCAAUAAAGGUUUCAAAAUUAAA